UGUUAGUUUGCGAUCCCCACGCACCUUAUUAAACAGUUUGUUUUUUCUUUCCCGACUUUCGUUUUCAAUGACGUCACAGACAGGUGAGCCAAUCAGAUUCACAAAAAUACCUACUCAUUCUAGUCCUAACCUAAAAGUCCAGUCCAUAUCAGAUCUAUGAUAUCAAAGUAAAACCCAAGAAAUAAACAAUGCGAUGACUUGUGCUUUAAUUUAAAAAUUAGGAAUAUUAAAAAAUGAUUACGCUUUCCCAACGCUUGAAAAAACAACAAGAUGAUCGUUCUGCUGCCGUAAACAGAAUUUCAAUCAGAGAUAAAUUGUUGAUAAAGGAGUCGCAAGAGAUGUCUCAGCUUUUGCCAAAUAAUUGUUCAGUAUUUUACGAAAACGAAAACGAUUUAAGUAAGUUUAUACUGACCGUGAAACCUACAGAAGGGUACUGGGAAGGCGGAACGUUCAAAUUUGCUAUUAAUGUAACAGAAGAAUAUAAUAUGGUUCCUCCUACAGUCAAAUGCCUUACUCGAUUGUGGCAUCCAAACAUAACAGAAGUUGGAGAAGUUUGUCUAUCACUUUUACGGCAACAUAGUAUGGAUGGAUUAGGUUGGUCACCAAUUAGAAGGUUAAAUGAUGUUGUUUGGGGCCUACACGCUUUAUUUACGGAUCUAUUAAAUUUUGAUGAUCCCUUAAAUAUAGAAGCUUCCGAUAUGUAUAGAAAUUCUAAAGAAGAGUUCAGAAUGAAAGUUAAUGAAUAUGUAAUGUUAUAUGCGAAAGAAUAAUAUUUCAAUGUAGACUUUUUCAAUUUACAUUGUUUCGCUUUUUCCGUCAAUUUUUACAUCGUGGAUACUCAAGAGAUGGUCAUUUUGUAAAUUAUUGUAUGAGUAGAGAGCUCUCGGCUUUUCUACGAUUUAUAUUUAUAUCAAUUCUAGUGUGUAAUCUUUCUCUUAUUAAAAUUUCGUAUUUGUUGCAA